GACACUCGGUCAGACGCCUGGGAGCAUCAAGGGACUCCACUGGCUGGCUAUGGCGUUGGAUUGCCUUUGAGCCGGCUCUAUGCGCAGUACCUCGGUGGCUCUCUGCACUUGAUGUCCAUGCCGGGGGAAGGAACAACAGCCUUCCUUCACCUCAAGCGAUUGAGGCAAGAUGCGCGUGAGCAGCUUCCCUUCUGGCAAGGUGAGGCUCAGAAAU